AUGUUUCAAAUUUCCUUCAAGUACUACAAAUCGAGAAAUCCACCACCUACAUUCGAGAAUGUGAUCGUUAUCGGCAUGGAUCAUCCUAAUCUACAUCAAUCUGUGCAGCUAAGCCAUAUCGACGGAAGUAAUUGUUUAGGCUUAAAACCACCUAAAGAGUGGAAGUUGUACCAUCUGUCAACCAGACCGGGAUUGCUCUUGCUGGCCAAUCCAUUCACCUGCGAAGGCCAGCGGCACUGGAUGAUGCGUAGCUUGGUGGAUUAUCCGGCGCCACCCAACACCACCAACCAAAGCAAUAUAGCACAAUGUGCAACGAACCGCGGUUCCUGGUGGGAAACGCUACGAAGAAUUCCAAAUGUUACCGAACGGCAGAAAUUCGCCAAACAGCUACGAUGGGUUACGCUAGGCUAUCAGUACGAUUGGACGAAUAAGGUGUACGAUGAGGCACGUAAAGAAAGCUUUCCAUCGGAACUGGCCUCGCUGGUUAGGUACGUCGCUACCGUACUUCAGUACGAACGGUUUUCACCAGAGGCAGCCAUCGUUAAUUACUAUCCGAUCGGAUCAACGCUUGCCGGUCACACGGAUCACUCCGAGAACGAUCAGAUGGCACCUCUGUUUUCCUUCAGCUUCGGGCAGCCCGCAGUGUUUCUGAUCGGUGGCACUACGCGCGAUGAACGACCGGAUGCUGUUUUGCUGCGUAGUGGUGAUAUCGUUGUUAUGACCGGCGCGAGUAGACAAUGCUAUCAUGCGGUUCCGCGUGUGUUUACCGAUUCGGAACUGGUCGAAGAAAUGGGACACAGUGCCGAGCGCUGGGAGGCAACCGACGAUGAGCGCAUCGUGCAACGUAUAGAUGAGACAUGGCACGAAGUUCAGCAGUACAUCCAGUACAGCCGCAUCAACAUAAAUGUAAGGCAAGUGUUAAGGGAGAAUCAGUUGACGCUACAACCGGCCAGUUGA